AGCCGGAGCAGGAUAGGCAAGGGGAAGUACCUUACAUGGUCCCCCGCGGUCACCGUCUGCGCCCGCCGCCCAAAAUAGCCCUUGGCAUGAGCUGACCUGCUUCAUGGCGGGGAGAUGGCUGCUGCCUCCGAACCCGUAGGGUCGGGUGGCCCACGGAGCCCUGCGCGCUCAGAGCCCCCUCCCACACGCUUCCACCAAGUGCACGGAGCCAACAUUCGCGUGGACCCGUCGGGGACGCGAGCCACACGCGUGGAGAGCUUCGCCCACGGUGUGUGCUUCAGUCGCGAGCCCCUGGCCCCGGGUCAGGUAUUCCUAGUGGAGAUAGAGGAAAAAGAGCUGGGCUGGUGCGGCCACCUUCGUCUUGGUUUGACCGCGCUGGACCCGGCCAGUCUGGCCACCGUGCCCGAGUUUUCACUGCCUGACCUGGUCAGCCUUGGCCAUAGCUGGGUCUUCGCUAUUACACGUCACCACAACCGCGUGCCCCGGGAGGGUCAGCCAGAAGCAGGGGCAGCGGUCCCCAGCGGCUCCGAAGCUCUACUGGUUGAACCCUAUCUGCGCAUCCAGCAGUUCCGAAUUCCCCGGGACCGCCUGGUGGGCCGCAGCCGGCCAGGGCUCUAUAGCCACCUCCUAGAUCAGCUCUAUGAACAAAACGUGCUGCCUCCCACUGCGCGCCGCAGCCGCGUGGGUGUCCUCUUCUGCCCACGUGAGGAUGGGACCGCCGACAUGCACAUCGUCAUCAACGGGGAGGACAUGGGCCCAAGCGCCCGGGGGCUGCCGGCUGCCCAGCCCCUCUACGCUGUGGUAGAUGUGUUUGCGUCCACCAAGAGUGUGCGCCUGGUCCAGCUGGAGUAUGGCUUGCCAUCUCUGCAGACUCUGUGUCGUCUGGUGAUCCAGAAGAGUGUGGUGCACAGGCUGGCCAUUGACGGGCUCCACCUGCCCAAAGGACUGAAGGAUUUCUGCAAGUAUGAAUGAAGGCCUGUGGCCACCAGAGCAAAGCCACAGGAGUGCGUCCUGCCUCCAGAGCCAUGGCUAGCCCAGAGCUGGCUGUGUGGCUAACAAUCGGGGCCAGAAAUAAAUAGAGCUGAGUUGA